AUGACAACAAGUGUUUUAUAUUAUGGUAUACCUCUUGUAAUAUUAUGCAGUGGGGUUCAAUCGUUUGCUUUAGUGCUUCAAAGAAAAGCUGCUAAUAAUUUAGCACAACUGACCCAUCUCUAUUUACCUGAUGAAGCUAAUGAUACAGAAAGAGGCCAGUAUUCCAUGUAUCGAGAUAGCACAUGGCAACUAGGGUUUGCAUUAUUUUUGGUUUCCAGUCUUGCAGGAAGUACAAUCCAGUUGGCAGCUCUACCACUAGUUUUAGUAGCUCCUUUGCAAUCGUCAGGCUUAAUAUUCAACAGCUGGUUUUCAAGUUGGCUGCUGGCAGAGCCAAUGACACGUGAAAUGGUCACAAGAACAAUUCUCAUAUGUAUAGGAGGCGCACUUCUUGGCACUGUUGGAGUGGGCGUUGACUCACUCUCGGAUGUACCUUCGGUUCGCCGUGAUUAUAAACAUCUGGUACUACUUGCUGGAGACAAUAUGUUUAUUUGCUACUUCUUAUUGACAAAUAUCUUGGCGCUGGCAGUUAUAGUGUCAGUCUUUUUCAUGAGAUCUAGACAUCUGCGAUCAAAAUACGAAGUAGAUAUUGAGAGAGCACAACUAAUAACUCCAAGAAAAGGGCCACGGAAUAGUGUUUUUGGACUUUGUAUUGCAUUUGCUAGUGGAGUUUGGUCUGCACAUUGCUUACUGUCCGCGAAGUGCAUUACAGACAUUAUUUUAAUGGGAACAGAAGACGAUACAGAUAUAAAAGUAAUUGCACUGCAGGUGGCUCCAAUUGCAACAGUUUGUUGCGUCUUUGCAGUUUCCCAACUAUAUCUACUAAACCUGUCUCUACGCUAUAUGUCAACUUCGAUUGUUUGUCCCUUUGUGUUUUCGAUAUACAACGCGGUCACCAUCUUGAAUGGGAUAAUUUUCUACAAGGUACAGAAACACGUUUCCAUGUGGUUUAUAGUUUGCGCUAUUAUUGGGAUUAUUGUACUAAACCUAGGAAUAUAUGGUCUGCCAAUAUGGAAUGAUGAGGAUAAGAAGAUAACACAUGGAGAAAAUACGAGCUACACUGCUGGGAACACCUGCGAUACAUUAACUUAUAGUUCAACGAAAUACAACACAACAUCACUAUCGUGGGGGCAAAGCACGGUUAGAGAACCCACUGGAGGUAAAGGCGUCACUGGAUUGGAUGAGUAG